AUGCGUUGUCUGUCGCUGCUCGCUGCCUUUCUCGGCGCGGCAGAGGCCGCGCCGUCUAUUUCCAUCAGAGCCAAGCACGGCUGGACAGUGGCCCGUCCCGGCACCCUGGCUGACGUGGUUGUGACCAAGGAAAACACACUGAAUGGCACUUCCCGGGCCCGCGAGACAGUCAUCAAGUCGGCAAAGACUGGUCUCGGCAGUCGCGCCCUCGAGGGCUCCCUUCCGCUCGAGUUUGUCAACAACUUCGAUGGCGGCGCCGUCAACGCUUACAUCGUCGGGCUCGACUCGGACAACCGCGUAGUCUUCGUACUGGGCGACGGUAGCCUUGUGUAUCCGAGCUCAGGCGGAUCGCAGGUGCCGGUGCCGAUCGGGGCCAACGUGGCCAUCCGGCUGCCGGACAAGGGCCAGACAUUUAGCAUGACGCUACCAAUCGUCCUCACUUCGGGCCGCAUCUACUUCUCCGAGGGAGACCUUACCUUCUCCGUCGUUUCCACGCCCAUCGGCGAGGGCAUCGUGCAACCCGCGCCAACGAACCUAGAAGACCCCAGCUCUGGCAUCAACUGGGGCUUCGUCGAGCUCACUUACACAAAGGAUCGGAGCAUUUGGGCCAACAUCAGCUACGUCGACUUUGUCGGCAUGAUUCUCAGUAUGGCCCUCAAAGUUACCGACGGCAGCGGCACGCAGAUCACGCGCGGGCUCGGCGCGGGUUCUGUGGAUGCCAUCUGCAACGGCCUAGGCAGCCAGGCCGGCAACGAUGGCUGGCCCUGGGAUCGCAUGUGCGUCUCCGAUCCGCAGGGCAAACCGCUGCGGGUGCUCUCGCCCAACGAUUACGCCGUCAUCGACUCGGGGGCCUUUGGCAACUACUGGAGCGAAUACGUCAACCAGGUUUGGGAUCACUAUUCUUCGAAUGACCUCACGAUCAACACGCAGGCGGGUCCUGGCAGCGUCUCGUGCCGCGUCUCUGGCGACACGUUGAACUGCAACGGCGACAACCGCGGAUACUCCAAGCCCAGCGCAACUGACAUCUGGGGCUGCAACGGCGGCCCGUUCCUGCGCCACGGCGAAGACAACGCCGUCCACGUCCCCGUUAUUGCUCGCCUGUGCGCCGCCUUUACACGGUCCACACUGCUCCUCGACGGUGGCGACGUCCAGCCCAGCCUCGGCCCGGAGCACUACUACACCGUGGACCCGACGAACCACUACAGCCGCCUCAUCCACGCCCAUGAGAUCGAUGGCCGCGGAUAUGCAUUCCCCUACGACGACGUUAACCCCGACGGCAACGAGGACUCGUCUGGUCUCGUAAAGUCUGGUGCCCCUGAGACACUGACCGUUUACGUUGGCGCCCCGCCGCUGUCGGGAUGA